CUAUUACACAGAGCUUAUAGUAAGAAGAAAUUGCGGUCCACACGGCGUCGUAUUGGACUGGACUCGGGAUAGAGCAAAACCAAAUCCAGUCCAAUAGAAAAGAGGAAAUAAUAAAAAAAAAGAGGUUAGGGCAUUGCUUCCAUUUCGCAUUCGCAAUUUUCAUUCACGUUCUCGUUCUCGUUCUCGUUUCUCGUUGAUUCAUUCUUUAGCGUGGUUGGUGAAGAUGGGGAAAAAUAUUAUUCCGGUGAAAUCUGUGGUGUAUGCUCUAUCUCCUUUCCAACAGAAAAUCAUGCCCGGUCUCUGGAAGGAUUUGCCUACCAAAAUUCAUCACAAAGUCUCCGAAAAUUGGAUCAGCGCCAUUCUCUUAGUUGCUCCCGUCGUCGGCACCUACUCGUAUGCUAUGCACUUCAAGGAACAAGAGAAGCUGCACCACAGGUACUGAGGUCAUGUGGGAAUGGAUUGGAUAAUCUUCAAGUUUGUUGUCGUUAAUCUUGUUUAGCCAGCCAAUAAUGUGACGUUGUUGAAACUAGCUUUUGCCCUUUGGUUGUGAUAUAUGAGCUUUAGCCGUUUCAGCUAUGAUGGAUUUUAUUGAUAGUUUUUGUCCUUUUUACUUAUCUACAUGUUACCAAAGAUAAUCAAUGUCCUAUCAAUAAUGUUAUAUUGAGUGCCAAAAUGAAUUGAUAUGUUAAACUCCAGAGUGGUAUGUGAUUUUAUUUAUUGUAACAAUCACUAUCAAAUUACAACCAUAUUUUGGUCAGUUUUACUCUUGUAACUCUAUUGAUAUUUAAGCCUAAGAAACAUUAAUUUUCUUGAAA